CUCUGUUGUACCACCAUUCCUAUGGAAGCUUCCUCAGCAUGAAAUCUCGAUUCAAAAGGAAGCUUCGUUUUUGUCUUGUUAUUACCUUGCUUGCAGAUAUCAAAUUCAAAUAUAAUUUUAAAAAGGAAGGAUCAAUUAACAGUUCAGGAUCUCAAUUUUUGGGUCGGAGGAGAAAAAAUGAGCAAGCAGCCAGGGAUCUAUUCUGAUAUUGGCAAAGAUGCAACAGAUCUUCUGUAUGGAGAUUUUAACAUGCAGCCGCCAAUUUGCUAUCACUUCAAUUGGUUAGAUUGGAGCUUAAACCUCAGCGGUGGAGUUAGAGCUAGUGUACCGGGACAGGAAAUAAGGGCACUUCUCAAGUUCUAUUUACCAUAUCAGAGGUCUAAUAAGGUGGAAAUGCAGUACUUGCGUGAUUAUUUUGGGUAUACAGCAGGCAUCAGUUUGACAAAAAGCCCCCUGAUAAGUUUUUCUGGUGUCAUUGGAAAUGGUUUUUUCAACACUGGAACAGAUAUCUCACUUGAUGCAGCAACUGAUACAGUGGCCAAAUGCGAUGCUGGUUUGAGCUUCAAUACUGACAUUCUCACUGCUUCACUCACCUUGUAAAUCUUCUCCAACAGGAAUUAAU